AUGCAAAAUGUUAAUGAUUUUAAUAAUUUAAUGUUUAUUAUUCAGGGUGAUCCAAUGUUGAGUGAUUUGCACACAUCAGUUACAAUCGAAGAAUUGAACUCGUAUAUAUCACUUGAACAUGGCCAGUCAAUAACAGUUAAUAUUCAAAGAGCUGAUGGAAUUAUUCUACCUGUUGUAGUUUUACAGAACGCUACUGUUUUAGAUUUAAAAAAAGCAUUCCAGAGGCACGUGGUCUUGAAGCAAGCAAGGGAGAAUCAUACCACUCACAUAAAUUGGAAACAUAUUUGGAGGUCCUACUGGCUUUAUUUCAGUGGCCAGAAACUGACUGAGAAUAACAAGUUACUCAGCGAAUACAACAUUUUCAACAGGGACACGAUUACAUUCAUCAAACGAUUGAAGUCAAAAUAA